UCCCUACUAGAAAAAAAUAAGGACCGUUGCGCUAUGUCUUUUCACACGCACGCCAGCGACUUCCACUUUCACCGGAACACUUCCCAGCGCAAAUUGUUAAGCGACAGAUCAAUGUUCCCUUUUGAUGUUGUUGGUAUUUAUAUCCGGAUCGAUACGCGAUUCGGUCGCUUAUCUCGCAACAGUUCACGGCGAAUCGCUACGGACACUAUUUCCCUCCAUCUCGCUCGCGAAACAACGACUCCCGCACACGAGGCAGCGAGGACCGAUCGUGCUCAACUUUCCCGGUGAGGAUGAUCCCCGACCGCGAAGGAGCGGCCGCGCUGACCAGAUCGCUCUCGGCAGCCCCCUCCUCAGCCCCCGCCGCGCCUCCACCCCGGGAGGAAAAGCCCCGCGUGGGGCAACCCCAGCCAGCCUCGUCCCUCCCGGUCUCGCUGCCUGCCGGGCAGCUCCGCCACCGGCACUUAGUUUCUGCAUGCUGAAAUAUACUCAUCUGUUAUAUGGGGAACUGAAAGCAGCAAUGCGGCUGCAAGGAUUGGCAGAAGGGAGCUGCUUCAAGGCUCUGCGAUUAAAUGAAGCUGCUGCAACAUGCUGCAAUUGGAAAAGGGAAUCUACCAUGUUCUCUGCUUCACUGAAUAGUCCAUUGUCUGGGACACAAGGCCUCUUCCACAAUGACUGGCUGCUUCUAGAGGAAGACAAUACCAGCAUGAGAGGUGUUCCAGCCCUUGGAUCAUAUUUGUGGCCUCCUCUGGACUCACUCCAACAGGUCCAUACCCUUGGUAUGUUGGAGACCUCAGACCUGGAUGCAGUACUACACAUGGGGCAUCAGAAGAGAGGAAUAUAGAGGUGGAGUCACUUCCCUCAACCUGCUGACCAUGCCUUUGAUGAAGCCCGGGAUACAGCUGGCUUCCUGGACUGCAAAUGCACAUUGAUCAUGUUGAACCUCUCAUCAACCAACCUUCCCAAGGCUUUCUUCACAGUCUUGCUCCUAAUCCUUUCUUUGUUCAUCCUCUAUUUGUGAUUUGGAUUACCCAAACCCAUGUCCGGGACUUUUCACUUGACCUCGUUAAACUUGAACUGCAUGAGGCUUGCAUGAAUCUGCUUUUUAAGCCUGUCAAGGCACCCCUUCCCUCUAGUGCAUCAGCCACAUCACACCACAGUGUCAUUGUCAGACUGUCUGAGGGCACACUCAGUCAUACUAUCCAUGUCACUGACAAAAGUCUUAAAUGGUGCUGAUCCCAGUAUCACGCCCUGAGGAACACCACUUGUCACUGGUCUCCACUUGGACAUUGACCACAACUCUUUCAGUAUGACCAUCCAGCCAAUGCCUUUUCCAGUGAGUGGUUCCUCUCUCAAAUCAAUGCCACUGUAAUUUAGAUACAAGGAUAUUGUGCUGGACACUGUUGAAUGAUUUGUACAAGUGGAGGUAGGGCAGUAUCAGCUGUUUUCCUCUUGUAUAUCAACACUGUAACCCCAUUGUGGAAGAACACCAUUCAUGCACCUUCAGGUUUCUUAGACCUGAGGUUUUGAGCAAUAAUUUGUCUCUCCAGAUCAGAAGUAAAAUGCAUUUAAAAAAUGUAUUUACAAUACAUCUGUCACCCACUGCCAUGGGUAAUUUUGAAAAUACUUUUAUAGGGAAAAUUGGUUACUCUGGUGGCUGUUCUGAGUCAAAAGAGCUUCCCAUUAAAAUAAAUCUAAACAGCAGUAAUUUUCACAUAACUAAACAAGAGCUAAGUAGGUCUAAGAACACAACAAACCUAUUUAGACACAUUUUAGUCUUCUUUGCCAUACAUUGUUAGACAAAGAUUUGUCAUACAUUGUUAGACAAAGUUUUACCAUACCCCCUGCACAUAUACUAGGAUACUAGGCUGAAGGAGCUGGGGUUGUUCAGUCUGGAGAGGAGAAGGCUCUGGGGAGACCUAAUAGCAGCCUUCCAGUACCCAAAGAGCGCCUACAGGAAGGAUGGAGAGAAGAUGUUGAAGAAGGCCUGCGGUGACAAGACAAAGGGCAAUGGGUUCAAGCUUGAGAAGAGCAGAUUUAGAUUGGAUGUUAGGAACAAGUUCUGUACUAUGAGGGUGGCAGAGCAUUUCAACAGGUUGCCCAGGGAGGUGGUUGAGGCCCCUUCCCUGGAGACAUUCAGGGUGAGGCUUAACAGGACCCUGGGUGACCUGGUCUAAUGGGGGUGUCCCUGCUGACGGCAGGGGUCCAGACUAGAUGACCUCUAGAACUCACUUCCGGCCCAGACCAUUCUGUGAUUCUAUACAUAUGUAUUUAUGUGCUGUGUAUUGGUAAGAAGGAUUCUUUCUUCACAUUUUUUUCUAUACCUCAGCCAUGAGCUUUACAGAAGUUGAUUGCAACAUGCAGUGUUUGUGCUUUUUACUAUGAAAGGGCAAGACAAGAGGAGGAAUUCCUUUUGCUGUGAAGAGCAUGUUCUGCUCUCUCUUUCCUGAGUAAAGCCAGCUCUGCAGGCAUGCACAAUCUAGGAAUCAAAGCCUAAGUGUCUAUUGCAAGCAUCAGUGUCAGUGAAGGUAAUGUUUCCCCUCUGAUCCUGCUGAGUUUGCCUAGUGGAAAAGUGACAGUUUAAAUGUUGGUUGAUAGCUAAUAAAAGAACAAUUGUUGGUCAAGAGAUGUGUCUGCUCUUCAUAAUGCUGUUCCAGACAGAGACACCUAGUCCUGAAUGAGCUAGCUUAGGUUCCAGGGAUAGGGUAGUCAUACUAAUGCAUCCUUGAGUCUAGAUCUAUUUACCCUUUUAUCCAACUGCUUCCUAUAAGCAACAUUUUUGAAAGUUCAUGACUUUGCAUUCUUCAAUAGAGUUCAUUAUACAAUCUUUUGUUGCAUUAUUUUCUCUCCAUCCUUUUCUAAAGCAAUACUUUACUAACUGUACUAAUUUGAAGCAGGCUAGAAUGUUUUGGUGAGAAGAACUAGAUUACAGGCUGUGAAAGGAAAACAAUGGUGAUGCCUACUUCACUUACAGGCUCGCUGAGAUGUAUGGCAACAAGAAAUAAAAACAUUUGAUAACCACUCUCACUCGACAUCACUCUCGCUGGGGCUGCUGGCUGAACUGCAUCUCUCUAACUUCACCCUCCACUUUUGAG